AUAACGCGUUUGCACACGUACGAUUCUUCAUUUUCAGACCCAAGCGCAGUCGCUAUGCCAUCCAGGACCAAGACCCUGCACUUCCUGUCCAGUGCGCUGGUCACCUGCAUAUCGGUGGGGAUCUUGGGCUUCGCCAUGUCCACGGCGUGGGCCACCAAGAGCAUGAAGUGCGCCCGAGACGGGAGCGGCAUCUUCAACGGCUCGGCCGCAGUCACGCUGGAGCUCUUCAACGGCAGAUUCGAACAGGAGCUUUGUCCCCUUUUUGGACCACCUGUUGACUUCCAAGUGUUCCCCAAGUUGACGGAGACCAAAGGCGUCCCGCUGGUCCUGCACGCCGUGACAUUGUGCCUGCUGGUGUUGUGUCUGCUGUGCUCGGCCGUCAGCAUCCUCAUCUCGCUGUACAACAGCGUCAGCAACCCCUACGAGACGUACAUGGGGCCCAUCGGGAUCUACGCUAGCAGCGCCAUCAGCGCGUGCUUGUCCGUCUUGGCGCUGGUCGUCUUCGUGGUCAACUUCAGCGUGACCACGGUGGCGGAGGACUUGGUGAGGACCUUCUCCGGGAACGUCUCCAUAUACCUGAAGAUCGUGUCCUCCGAGAUGCUGCUGGGCUACUACCUGCUCAUCCCGUACGCGGCGCUCUCGCUGCUCGCCAUCGGCCUCAUCUACAUGUACGACCACGCCGCGUACACGCAGCGGCGUGAACAGCAGCGGCCCACCGAGGACGCCCCCAAGGAGAUCAUGAUGUACUAGGACCCUCCCGAAUCGAGGGGACGGCGAUUAACUUAUUUUCGCGGGAAUGAACUGUAAAUAGCGAAUGUGAAUUUGUAAUGAGAAUGUACGUGGGGGGAUAAAAUGUUGUUAUUAUUCAUUUAGCUAGCCUAUCAAUGUGCUAACGAUGCUAACGCAAGAUAGCAACCAGGCAGAUAAGAAUUUCACGCGAGUCCUUGUCGUCAGUUACUAUUUGAAAUAGAUAUGAAAAUAUGACCAAAAAAAUAACAAACAAACAAAGAAACGAACAAAGGAGAUGGGCCAAAGAUUCAAAGCAACGAUUUUUCUCAUCCCAGCUGCUGGUGCUGACAUGGCAUCGGGGAGCUCAAGUGUCCUGUGUCCCAUCACUCACCUGGGUCACCUGGACCCUGUUUGGACACGUCCAUCUUUACGUUGCUCUCGUAACGCCGGCUAACUGCCUUCAAAGAGCCUCUCGCACUUCAAGGCAGCUGCGGAGGGACCUUGCAAUUUGCUUUUUUUUUUGGGGGUGAAUAUGGAUUAUGUUUCGGAGAAUGUGCACUGGGCCGAGAGGAAACGGGAAGCGGGCCCCCGUUUGAUCUGCCGAUGUGGCAAUUAGUCAUCUGUUCGCAUGCCACCUUUUUUUUUUAAGGUAGGAUCAAUGG